AGUGGUAACAUUAAGUGAUGAUUGUUGUCCUCUAGAAGUAGAUAUCUAAAGAGGCCAUAUGAGUUUUGUCCUAAAAUAGCGUAUUUCUGCCCAUUGACUAUAAAGGCAGUCUAAGAUGAGUUGCUUUAUGUAUGUGUAUGUGUACAGUGCAAGUGUAUUUCUGUCUAUAAUCUGUGCAAGACUUAUAUAUCAUAAAGAUGAUAACCUAUAUAUAAUAGCAGAAGAAAUUAUGGGUGUAUCUGUCCUAACCAACCACUCAGAAGGAGAAAUUACUGAUGUAAAUCUUUGGCUUUGCUUUUCUAAGAUUUGUUAAAUGUAAAAUUAGCAUUAACACAGUGAAUUAUCAAGUUUGGCAGUUGGAGUUGGAUCUAUUUCCAGCUGUGUCCCACUUCCCUUAACAAAGUGAAAAAGGAAAUAGCUGAUGAGAAUUAGGCCUCAUGAAUGUGGUCAGAUAAGCUCAGUCUAGAAGGUAUAGAAAGGUUCCUUUUUUGUUGUAAUAAACAGGAACUUGGUGCACAGGGUGAAGACUUACACUCAUCUACUGUUGCAGCUUCUCCUCUAACUGGGUACUUUUACACUCCAGAUUCCUUAAUUUUCGAGGUACUCUGGCCGGACAGUGUCUGUGUCUGUUUUCUAAUAUGAGUAUUUUCCUGACAGCGAUUCCUGUUAGCCGGAACAGAAUCUGUGGCAUGCCUUUCUCCAUCUUUAAGACAGCUUGUGUGAAUGGUCUGCCAGACUAGUCCAGUAGCACUUAUACCCUGAUUAGGCUUAAAUAACAUCAGUUCAGCUGAGAAGCUUUUCAAAAUACCAAGGAUGGUUGGGUUUUCUUUUUGCAGUUGGAUGCCUAUGUUAUUUCUGGAGCUCUGUAGGUGCACUAGGUUACUGUUGCUAGUGCAGCUUUGGCUGAGCACUCUUUUAAUUACCAAGGGGCAUAGGAGUCCACAGAACAGCGCUAGCAACCGGCUCGGGUUCCCCAAGGAAGGGAGCAGCAUAGUGGGAUGGGGCUUUAUAACCUCUGUGGUUGCAAGGUGUAAGACAGUUGUCUCUGAAGUGAAGCAGCCUAAGCUGAUACAGGGUUUUUUUGUUGUUGUUUUUGUUUGUUUGGGUUUGUUUGGGUUUUGUGGUUUUUUUGUUGGCUUGUGGGGGUUUUUUUGUUGUUCUGUUUUAUUUAUUUUUUUAUGUUAACAAGCCAUUGGACUUGUUAGGAAAAAGAUGUACUGGAAGUGAAUCUUCUUUUGCUGUUUAAAGCAUGAUUUUUUCCAGGUGUUUUUUCUUUUUCUUCUUUUUUUUCCCCCUCUUCCCAGUUUUGGUAGUGAAAUAACCAAGAAACUCUGGAAACAGUAUUUUUGGGGAUUUGUUUAUUUUUUACACAUUGAUGGAGUUGCAGUAAUUCCAUGAUUGAUGGAAUUAUUUGAAAAUAAGGCAUAAUUACCUGGUUUGUUUGGAAACUGCAAGACUCUACAGAUUUGUUUCUUUAUUUAAACUUUAAUAAAUAAAGUGCAUUCAUGAUAGUGGGAAGCCUGCACACUUGUGUGAUGGAGUUCAUUUUUCUUGUUUUAUAUUUUUCUUUUUUUAUCUGCCUCUGUGCUUUGGUGUGCCUGUAUUUUUCUGGCUGCCAAGAAAUGACAUAUAAGCAUGAAGGUAAGAAGUUACUGAUUAGCUCAUCUGAUUGCAUUACAAGCAAAUUCAUGUUGGAUCAUUUUCAUCAUGUUAGAUUAAGUACUUGAAAAUGAGAUAUUUAAAUGUAAAGUGAAACUACUUUAGCAACAGAGAAAUCAGGUUAUUUAUGUGUAAGUAUAUCCAAUCCUAACCAUUUAGAAUAUGCGGGUAUAUUGAAAUUUGCAUAUAAUAUGGUCUGUGUCACUAGUGAUUUAUAACAUUCUAAACUUUGAGGUUUACUGAGCACCACACUACAGUAGAAGUGUUAAUACUUGAGUUAUAAAGACCUAAUGCAUAAUUUUACUUCAAAAUUAUGUGAAAACAUUGAUAUAAAUCCACAUGAAAAAUACUUACUAUUAAGUGCAUGACAGUAGUCAAUGGAAAUGAGAUUUUAAAUCAGAAUUUUUCAGCAAUUUACAUAACUAUUUUCUCAGUUAUGAAGUUAUGAUUUACAACUACCAAAUGUGCAAAUCAAUAUAAAAGAAUCUUUAAGUUAUUAAUUGAGAAUGUUCCCAUUUUUAAGAAAAGUUUGAAUGAAACAUGAAUGAAAAUAGUGUAUAGUUACAAAAAUCCAGUGAGUAUUGUACAUGUAUGUAUAUACUUUUCAAAACCCAUUGUGAUUCAGCAUUUUACCUACAUGUGGAAUCUCCCUUGGAGUUGGUAUAUUUCUUUAUGCCUUAUUAUUUAUUACGUUUAUCAACAAAUUUCGUAUGAUUCAGAUGUCUUUUUUUCCUUUUUUUUUUUUUUUUCUCUGUACAGCUGUUUCCUUACCUGUUAAUUUGUUCUGGUUUUGCUGUGGAUCACUUCUUGUAGGUAGUUGCUUCAGAUACUAGAUGAAUAACAAUAAAACCAGCUGUUUUGUAAUUACAUCAGGAAGCAAUUAAUAUACAAAGGCUAAAUACCUUAUCUCUGUUUCUAUGGCAAGUAUCUGCUUUACAAAAUGAUAAAUGUACAGCUUCUUUAAGGAGGCAGGAGUCAUUAAAAAUAAAUAAGUGGUUCAACUCCAAAUAUAAUAGGCAGUCUGUAUAGCAUUUAACGGGUUUUGACUUUUAGCUCUCCUUGAAGCACUGGGGUUUUUUAGUGUGAUGGUAAAUACUAAUUUUCUUGCGAAUUCCCUCCCAUCUAAUAAUCAAGUGAUUUAUUUAUUAAUAUAUGCAAUUUAUUUCCCCUACUUUUGCUACUAGUGACGUGUUUAAAUGCAGUUAGUAUCUUUUGUCAAAAUAAUAUCAUUGCUUUAAGUUUCUACCCAAACCUAUACACAUUUAUGUAAAAUCAAGCCCACUGUUUUUUUACUAUUGUUUUUUCACUCCUUGAAACAGUGCGGGGGGUGUGUGCGUGCAGGGUUAAAGGAAUAUACAUACUUAAGCUCUGUUUUCUACAAAAGCGGCUGUAGUCUGAGGUAUAGCAAAAAGCCCUAUUGGCAUGGUAAGUAUUAUUGUCAGUGUUAACUAAGCUGCGGCUGACCUUCAUGGUACUGUGUUCCCUGUGCCAUAUAUAUGAUAAUAAAUUGGAGUUUUGCUCUUCAUCUUUUCGAAGUGUCUUCUACCAGUCUUCAAAUUCAAGAAUUGACUCUUAUUUACUUCGUCAGCCCUUAAGCCUAUACUUUAUUGCAGGUUUUGGUUAAUCUUUGCUCAAGUGCAUUUGUAAUUUUUGAGGCCAAGCACCCUUGAAGCAGGAGGCAUGAGCAGGGUCAGCUGUUCUUCAGUCCUCUGAGUUGCUUGUCCUUGGUGAGGUUCCUCCAAAGCACAACCUAGUUGUUCUGAGUCCCAUACAGAGACAAACUGGUAUGGGCAGGAGAGUGGGAUGUAAAAGUAUUGGCAUAUGAGUCCGCAUGAAGCUUUGUUUUGGGUUUACUCUCUGCAUCUUUGAGUAAAGUGUAUCCACACUGCAAAAUGAGGAUGUGGUUUUCAUGAAACUCUCUUGGGUUUUGUUUACCUGCCAUCAUUGUCUUUACCACCACAUAAUCUACCUUUAUCUUUAUGAAACUGUAUCUGCCCAUCAGUUUGGAGUCACAAAGUUCUUCCUGAUGAGUUGACCUGGCAACCCAAAAUAUAAAUUUGUCCUCCUUACAACUUGAAGGUAGCACCAUUUCUUUAGCCCUAUUUUCAAUUCCCAAUAUUUACUUGUAGUUAUCACUGUUAGAUGAUUGUAGGCUGCAACCAGUAUUCAGUGUGGGAGAAAUGCUGGAUGGACCAUCUCCCAGGGACUUAAUUACACCUCAGGUUUUGUAGUAAACCUUUGUACUUAGGUGAGAGUUGUCUGAAAUGUUUGCAAUUCAAGUGUGAGAGAACACAUUAGCUUUCUGGAUAAGUCUUUAUAUUUCUAGAACAGAGAUUAAGCCUGUUCCCUGUGUCCUUUGUUUUCCUAAAUAGGACAAAUCAGUGAACAAACUGGUGUAGAAUGUGAAUGCUGGAGGAAAGGAUUAAAUUAUCCCAAUGAAGUGUUUGUCUUAAGCACCUUAGACAUAGCUCUGCUUGGUGAAAGGAUCACAGUGCUCCCUAAAGAACUGAGGGAAGAGUAAUGUGUCUUUACAGCGUUAUAGUACUGUAACUGCAGUCCUUUUCUUGUGAAUACACUAAAUAGUUGUCCAGUAGCUUGCAAAAGGAAGGUUGUUUCUAAAGAUUGUUCAGAAACUCUUUGCCUUCUGUGCUGUGUCAUAUUUAUCUGCAUGCACAUGGAUAAGCACAGUCUCUUUGGAAAAGAUGUGGCUUUCAGAGUUUGGGGGGUUUUUUGAGUGCAAAGGAAGGAGAUUUUAGUAGAACCAGUUAAUUUAAGAAUGCAGUCUGAAUGACAUUUUUAAAUCAUUAUUUGAAGGGUUCAUCUUAAGUGAAGCAAUUAAAUGGUCCAGAACAGGGUCUUGAAGCUGUUUUUGGUAUUUGAGUGGGAUUGCCUGUACUGUGAAACAAUUAUGGAGUUAUUUAGCUUAUGCGUGAUGAGACUGACCUGGUGGACCACGGAAAUCGGGGCUGCAGACUGUAAAUGGAGUGCAUGGUGUCACACAGGCAGGCACCAAGUCACACCUACAAGCUUGAUUUUGUGGUACCGCUUAAAUCAUGACAGACGAUUUUGGCUGUUGAUAAGGGCUGUGCUGAGCCAAAAUAAUAUAUUAAGCAUAAUGGGGCUUUGUGAGAAAGUGCAGACAGUGCAUUGUAGACACACUGGAAGAAUGUAUAAAGUUAGAUAAGACUAGAAGACUGUAAGGAAAGGUAAAUAUUUGAAAUUUGUAAUGAGAUAGGGCAUUAUAGAUAAAAUAAAACCUUUCAGUUUCUUGAAUGAAAUUGAUAGCUCACAGUUAGCCAGUUUGGCUUUGGUGAGAUGUCUGAUGUUCUGAAUUAGUAAAAACUGAUAAUUUUUUUUCACCCUUUAGGCUUUUUUAAUGAACAGGGCUGUCAUCUUCUCACAAUACAACCUGUGGUUUAUAAAUACAUAUGUAUUUUAAAACAAACUGUGACAUCAGGAUCUGUGAUUCAACAUCAAACAGUGCCAAAAAUAUAGAGGUGGAUAGACAGAUUUUUCUUCAUCUUCUUAGAGCCACCUCUCUCCACUAGUCUCACUAAGGUGCUUCAUAACCUGGCUCCAUUUUUCCAGCAACAUCUUUUUUUUCUUUUUUUUUUUUCUUAAUUACCCUGCUUCUCUGAAUUUUGUUGGAUUAUUAGAACACUUGUAUGGUUUAAAAAAAAAAUAGGCUUUCUAUUGAUUAAUAACAGUUAACUUUCCUUAUUGUUAUUUUGGAAGGAAAAACGCAUGAAAAACUGUUUUUCUAGUGAAAUGUUUGAGCAAUUUAUUUUUUUUUUAAACAGUGGAAGUUUCUAUGCAAAUUUGCUCCAUUCUAAGCUUGUUAGAAAACUGAUGAAAAGGGAGCUCUUAAUGGUGAAAGAAUUACUGCGUUUGCGAUGUCUUAUAUAAAAUGUCACAUUUUUUCACAAUAUUGUACUAUUCACUUCCAUUUCACUUGGCUAUUUGUUUUCUUUUAUUUUAUGUAAUUGAUUACAUUGUGUAAAAUUUCUAAAAUCUGCAUUGAAAUGCUCGUUUUCCCUAAACAUAGUUUUCAUGGUUAGUCAUAAUAUUGGAGCAAACAUUUGAAGAAAUUGAGAAUGAUGGUAUUGAAAAAAUAAAUGGAAAGCAGCUAUUUAUAAUUUGAAGUAGGAUUUUGCAAAAUAGAUAUUAUGAAUGAAUCUUUUUUUCUUUUUUUAAAAUUAGUAUGAAUUAUGACAUUUGUUCCCCAUUGUUCUUCAAAAUAUUUUCUCUCUUUUGGUUCCACAAUUUAUAUGUUGCAUCGUGCUGGGUUACUUUCUUCUUAAUAGAUAUUGCAUUUCUCUACCAUGAGUCUUGUAAGACUUGUAUGAUUUUGGUAAUUAGCUUUUAUACUUUUGCUAAAGCAUUAUUCUGUUGACAAUUACCCAGUGCUAUGUGCAGUUCCUGGAGGUUCUUAUACAAAUGAUGUUGAAAAAGUAGCAAAUUUAAUCAGAGAACAAAGGUUUACAAUGGACCCUUUUUUCUUCCUAAAUACUAAAAUGAUGGUCAGAGAAGACCUUGGCUACUGCUUUCUGGGUCAUUGGGCUUUUUCAACUGUUUUGCUA